AUGUCCACCGCCUUGGCUGAUGUGGGCGCCGCUGGUUUUGGCGUUUUUUACAGCCCUGAUGGGUUUGGAUUCAUCACACAGCAGCAGCAGCAGCGGCAGCAGCAGCAGCAGCAGCAGCAGCAGCAGCAGCAGCAGCAGCAGCAACAACGAGGCUUCCUGGGCGCAUCGCCGCAUGACAUGUGGGCAAAUGCAGACGCGGCGAUGGCCGCGCCGCAGCUGAAGGAGAUGCGUUUGACCGGAUUUGACCACGAGGGUUGCUUCGCGGAAGCCCCAGAGAUCGAGCCGGGAGGCAGCUCCCCCUCUGUUUCGAGUGACGAGCUGCGACGAGUGCCACAAGACGCCACCACUGAGAUGCCAGGCGCGGCUGGGGGCUAUCCGGAGGUGCAGCCAGAGCCGUGGGAAGAGGCGCGACAGCUGAGCCAGCAGCACGGGUGGGACGGGCAUCCCGCUGCUGGCAGCACGCAGGCUGCAGGCGGUGCAGGCUGGCUCUGGAACGGCGCCAUGGCGGCGGCCCAAUUUGUUGGCUCGACGCAUGUCGCCCCAGGGUCGCCCCCUCCUGGCCACGGGCUCAUCGCGAACGCGCCCACCCGCGCCCCCGCCGCCAUAAGCCUGACCGGCGGCGUCGCGCUCGCGCCACCGCCCAGCAUGACCUGGGGCGCGUUCAACCUCGGGGCCGUGCUGAGCAACGACGAUGGCGGCGGCUCCACCUCUGCUGCAGCAGGGUUUGACUACCCCAACAUCAAGCUCACCACGGUGGAGGCACCGGCGUUCAUGCCCAGCCUUCACAAGGACGCUCCCAUGCCUGGGGGACUCAACAGGCAGGCCAUGCGCACGGCGCCCCUAGCUGCGGCGCCGGCGGCCGGAGGAAGGCCCGCGGUGGCCGUGCAGCCGGCCCAGGAGCCGGCGCAGGUGCCGGCUGCCUCCUCCCCUGGGUGGCUGCCACUUGGGCCGGUGCCCGUGCCUGCAACCGCAGAACUGGGCCCUGUUGCUGGUGCACCCGAGGCCCCGGCGCCUCCUGCGCCGGGCGCCGGCUGGGCGGGUGGCUCGCCUGGGCUGGCCGGCACCUGGGAGGCGUCUGCCGCUCGCACGGUGGCGCCAUCGAGCACGUCGGCGGCGGGGCCCCCGCAUCCUAUGGCGGGCUGGAUGGCGCCUGAUCAGCCGCAACAAGCGGUGGCUGUGCCAACGCCCGGCUUGGCGACGCAGGGCCCAGUGUCGGGGGCACAGGAGCAUGGUGACAGCUGGGCCGGCGCCUGGGUCGGUCCCGGCGCGCCGCUGGGCGUGGCUGUGGCUGCGCUGCUGCCGGGUGUUUCGGCUUCAGAGGUUGAGUUGGAGGAGCGGGGCCGGCAGCACGCAGACAGCGCCCCCCGCAGGUGCAGCAAGAGCAGCGGCAGCAGCAGUAGCAGCAGCAGCGGAGGCGGCAGCAAGCGCGGCGCGAGCACGCCUGAGCCGGCGACGCCGCGAGGCAGCGGGGCUGGCUCCGCGGGUGGGGCCAAGGGUGGCAAGAAGAAGAAGAGGAGGCGCAACAAGAAAAAGAAAGGGAAGGGCCAGUGA